AUGUCAGUUGUUGGAACUUCUGGAAAGAAAACCAGAGGAAGACAAAAGAUAGAGAUGAAAAGAAUAACUAAUGAGAGUCAUCUUCAAGUUACUUUCUCGAAGCGCCGUACUGGGCUCUUCAAGAAAGCUAGCGAGCUAUGCACCCUUUGUGGUGCAGAGCUUGCUCUCAUUGUUUUCUCACCUGGUGGGAAGGCCUUCUCCUUUGGCCACCCCAGCAUGGAGGCUGUCAUUCAACGCUACGUAUCCCAUGCCCCAUACCAAACCUCCAGUACCAUGUGGUACAUUGAGGCUCAACGAAGAACCAACGUGCUUGAGCUCAACGCGCAACUCACUCAUAUCAACAACCAACUAGAAUCCCACAAGAAGCAUGGCGAGGAGCUGAACCGCCUAUGCAAGACGACCCAAGCCCAAUUCUGGUCGGCUAGUCAAGUUGAGGAGAUGGACAAGUCUCAACUUGAGAAAUUUAGGGAGGCACUGGAUGAGCUCAAGAAGCGUGUCACUAGCUAUGGUGCUACUGCAGCUACCACUCCACCAACCCAUCCAUUUUUUACUGUUGCUAGUGGUUCCGCAAACGCCAUGGUCCCUAUCCACCACCCACUCCUACCCCCUCCUCAAGUUUUUCCACAACAGUUUUUUCAAGGGCCCAUGCUACAUGCUCAUAACUUGUUUGGCUUCAAUAAUAUGGGAGGGUAUGGAGGAACCCAUAGGUUCUUCUGA